AUGAAUAACCAAUCUUUCCGCGAUUUGCUCAACAAAGAUGCGCAAUCCUCUGGCGCACCAGCAUCUGCCUUGGGCACCAAAAAGACGACACUCGUUCCCACAACAUCACGAACCGCUCAAACGAGUUUGAAUAGCACAGAGUUUGCGCGACAAGUGCGAGAACGACACGCUGGCCUGCAGCCGUCCAAAAAGUUCAAGUCGUCGGUGCCCAUGGGCAGCAAAAUAGCGGCUGGCUACACUGACCGUGCCAAAAUCCGAGCCGAAGCUGAGAGGCGCGAUGAAGAAGAGAAGAUCGCGCGGGUCAAAGCAUUGGAAAAGCAAGUCAAGCUAGGCAGCUUAAGUCGCCAGGAUUUCGAAUCACUCAGCGAGAAAAUAAUGGGCAUCGAUUCGUCGCAGAAGGUGCCAGUCAAAGGCCUAGAUAAGGAGCUGCUGGCGCGCGCUAGAAGAGGGGAAUCAGAACUUGUCGACAGAGCAGGCGAGGAUCAAACACCAGCUAUUCUGGACGUUGAUGCCGAGCUUGACAAACUUGGCGAAGCUGAUGUGGUAGCACCAGAACGAGUGAACAGUGAGAAAGUAGGCAUUCGAGCGCCAAUCCAGGUCGCUGGCGUCAAACGCUCUCGAGACGAGAUCAUGGCCGAGCUCAAAGCCAAGCGGCAAGCAAUUGCAGAAGAAAAGGCAAGAGACAAACCCACGUUUGAUCACCGAUGGCGCAAGGUGGGCGAGCAGGCAAAGCCGCGGAUCGAAAUUGAUAAAAAAGGAAGAGAAGUUCUCGUGACCGUGGACGAGGAUGGUAUCGUAAAGCGCAUGGUCAGAAAGAAGCCAGCAACUGCACAGGGCGAAGAUACGGACGUUGUGGACAAGACCAAGCCUGUGCUUGGUGCGGAUUUUGUCAUACGAGAUAGGAUGCCGGUCACUACGAAAAAUACUACUGAUAGUGAGGAUGACGAUGAUAUCUUUGCUGGUGCAGGGACCGACUACAAUCCCCUCGGUGAAGAGGUAGACGACGAUGCGACGCACGAUGACACGCAAACGACGAUUCAACGCAACUAUUUUGGAGAUCGCAAUGACAUACCUGAGGAACGGGAAGCCCCCCGCCUCGAGAUGAUCGAGAACAUUAUCAAAAAGGCGGCCAAUGUCGGACUUGCGCGCGCUGUUGAAACGACGGACGAGGAAAAGCUUCGGGAUGAAAAACGAGCUAAACUACUCGCUCGCGACCGUGAUCUGGACGACAUGGAUCUCGGGUUCGGUGACAGCAGGUUCGACGACUUUGAGGAUGGCGAAGAGAGCACAAAGUCGCGCCUUUCCGAGUGGAAGGAGUCUGGCCCAAGCGGCGGCGAUUCAAAAAGGGGCAAGGAUAUCUCGGCGAGGAAGCGCAAGCCGAAGAAAAGGAAAGGUGACGUUAAUAACAUGGACGAUAUCAUGCGCGUCCUCGAGGGACGCAGGGCUGCGAAACCCAAGUGAUCCGACCCCUCACGUGACCAUGAGCGAAUGCCGACGUUGCGUUGGUUUCACAUCCAAGGGCGAUGCGAAGCGCGCCGCCGAAGAGCUUGGACUUUUUGGUAAUGUUUCCGUGACGGUUUUCCUGCAAAGGGCGUUUUAUUUUUACAAGCACCGAGGCAAUGCCGGAUGGACUUUGCGGCUCCUCCCGGGCGCUUAUCAGGCGCCAGACCAGCCCAGCCGGCCGCGUCCCGAACAUCAUCAGACCAAAGACAUCUCGGUAAGUCUCGAUCUGGCAGUGCGUGAACUCGAACAGGACUCGAAGUGUCCCGAUAAGCUUUGCAAGCGUGUGUAUUCAUAGCGGCUUUGUUUCACGAUGUUGUCUACGCCGCAAUAUUGCAUCUCUAUUGAUAUCCAGCAACGAAGACAACAUUAUAUGAUCUUGUCGUGCCGGCAAAGAAGUAGGUUGUGAUGAAU